GCCUGCUGCACGAUCUUGGCUCCGUGGCUGAGAUGGCUGCCGGCGAGAUGGGUGCAUCUGCCGACUUUGAGAAGGUUGCAGCCCACGCCGUAAAGGUCAACGUCUUCCACACCAUCAACUUCCUGCUGAAGUACAGCAAGAGCCUCCGCGACCAGGUUCGGAGUGGCAAGCUGGAGAUCCAUGGCGGUAUCUAUCAGCUGGAGACAGGCAAGGUCGAGUUCCUUGGGCCCUCGCCGGACCAAAGGGCCUUGGUAGCCGGCAGCAAAAGCUCCGUGCCGCCUUCGCUGUUCACUCCCAAGGAGGCCGCGCCGGCCACGGUUCGCACUGCUGCAGAUUCAGCUGUGGCCCCGCAGAAG